UUAUUAUUAUAUUGUUAUACAACGUUUGUGGAAUAGACACACUUAGUCGUAUAAGUUGCAGUUAUUUUGAAUACUGGCUUAGGAUGUGGAAGCCAUGGCAGUUAGUUUUGGUAACGGCCAAAAAAGUGACUGUUGUAGCUGCUACCAGAACUUUUCAGUCUAGAAGAACUUUAAAGCUUCUGGCUGCAGGUGUUGCUACUAGUGUUGUAACAUGGAAUUAUGUCCAGGAACACAAGGCUGAAAUGGCCAAGAUAAAAGUUUCCAACUUUAUGGGUGAAACAGUUACAGACCAAGAUUGGUUGGAAAAGAACAUUAACGAUAUGAAGUCUAGGAUGGAAUUAAUGAUUUUAAAAGUUCAGGCUGAUGUCUGUCAUGCCCUUGAAGAGGUUGAAGGAGGCAAGAAGUUUCAAGUUGAUCAGUGGAAAAGACCACAGGGUGGAGGAGGUAUCACAUGUGUGUUACAAGAUGGUGAAGUAUUUGAAAAAGCUGGGGUCAACAUUUCUGUGGUUCAUGGAGAGCUUCCUCCAGCAGCAGUUCAACAAAUGAGAGCCAG